UGAAAGGUCAGCCUGUGUAUCGUGUCACCGGCCAGCAGGCUGUCACUCAGUCACCACACACCGGUGUCAUUCCACUCACCGGCUGUUGCUGCUACACAGAAACUCACCCGUCCCCAACCAUAUUUUAGAAAAUGGCCAAAAAGCGGAGAGAAAUACGAGAGACCGACGGUUUGUCCUCAGCACAAGAGGAGCUGAAGACGAGGGCUAACGACUCCCGAGUAGUUAAAGAGGCUCAACAGAGUGCAGGGGGGUCAGCACGCAAGUCACUUUUGAUUUUGGUGUCCAUCUUUGCUUGCUCUGCUUCAGUCAUGUACCUGGUGUACAGGAACUUCCCAGAGCUUCCUGAUGAUGAAAUGGAGAAAAUCAAGAUCCCCAAAGACAUGGAUGAUGCCAAAGCUUUGGGAACUGUGUUGUCCAAAUACAAAGACACCUAUUACUCUCAGGUGUUGGUGGCAUACUUUGCAACAUAUGUUUUUCUCCAGACAUUUGCGAUCCCCGGAUCAAUCUUCCUCAGCAUCCUGUCUGGAUAUCUGUACCCUUUCCCCCUGGCUCUUUUCUUAGUCUGCUUGUGCUCUGGCCUGGGUGCUUCCUUCUGCUACAUGCUGUCAUACUUGGUGGGCAGGCCCAUGGUCUACAAAUAUCUCACAGAGAGAGCACAGAAAUGGUCCCAGCAGGUUGACAAACAUAGAGAUCAUUUAAUCAAUUACAUCAUCUUCCUGAGGAUAACCCCCUUCCUUCCCAAUUGGUUCAUCAACAUCACGUCCCCAGUCAUCAAUGUGCCUUUGGGUGUUUUCUUCAUCGGUACCUUUCUUGGAGUGGCACCACCGUCCUUCGUAGCCAUCAACGCAGGCACAACACUGUACAAACUGACCACAGCCGGUGAAGCUGUGUCCUGGAACUCCCUGGCUGUGCUCGGCGUCCUCGCCGUGCUCUCCAUCCUACCUGUCUGCUUCCAGAAAAAGCUGCAGCAGAAACUAGAGUAGAGCACGAAAACACCUCAGCACCUCAUCUGCUGGCUGAUCCAGACAUCCUCUUCUCCUUGGCUCAGGAACAUGCAGCUGUCGCUCCCCAUCGGUCUCAACGGCUGGUGCGCUGUUGGUAGAGGAACCUCUGAGCACUGGCACAACAUGCACUCAUCGACCACAAAAUGCAUGCAGUGGUGGCUCCUAAUGUUAAGUAAAGUAAUAUCCAGUGGCCGCUGCUUGCAUAGAUGUUUUGUUUCUGACUCAUAUUGUUAAUUGUGGCACAACAUGUAAAUAGGAGAAACUGGUUCCUUUUUUUAUUUAAGACAUUUCUCAUUAUCAUCGUAUAAUUUAAAGUGCUACUUGUAGCAUGAUUUUAUAGUGGAGGUAACAGUUGGUCCAUAUGACCCAGUGUGUUUCCGUUUUCUUGCUACUAACUACUGAAUACGAAGUCAGCAGUUUCCUGUUGAGGUUUGAACUUCUGUCUUUUAAAUAUACUUUGGCAGUAGCAUAUCAUGAACAUCAUCCUGUCAGUAGCACCUUUAACUCCUACUCCCCUUUAUAUGUAUUUUAACAUGCUGGUGUUCAGUUUCCUGCUAAUCAAAUCUACCACCACAGCAGUAACAGUCCCACUACUCAUUGUGUUUGACACUUGGUGCUUGCUUUGGCAAACAGAGAAAAAUUAAAAUGUGAACUGAGAUGUGGGUGCCUUCCCAUGUUAUUUCUGAAAAUGUUCUUGGAUCCACUGCCACACAACUUCUCCUCCUGUCCCUCUCCUCUGUCCAGAUUUAUUGCCUAAAGCAGCACUCACAAAGAACAGAUUAAAUUGAUGUAAUAUUUUCUCACACGACAUCCAAACUGCAGGGUUUUAAACUCUUGUAUUUUUUAAUUAAAAUGGAAAUAUCCAGUUGAUUAUUUCAAUUCAUUGAUAUAGUGUGGCAACAUGCUCGUAACAAAAAAGAAUGAUAUUGUUCUUGGAAGUACAAAAUAUUGAGGAGUUGAUAAUGAUGCAAUUAUUUGUGCUUACUGUGAUUAUGGGAUUUGCUAUGUUAGUACAAAACUUGUUACGAUGUCCACAUGUGAUACGCCAGUGCCCUCCAUUAAGAGUGCCAACAGACUGUGAGACAUCCAGGCCUUGCCUUGCUUUUACUGCUUCCAUUUUUUAACAGAGGAAAUGUAUUACGAUGUCUGAAUUAUGUAGCCAGUCUGCGUUCUUUCAGUUGUUGGGGACACCUAACUCUAUGGCCCGUGAUACAAAAGCUGGUUUCAUUCAAGUCUUCAUAGAUGUGUUGUCUCUAUGGUAACCUUCCGGUUUUUAGACAUCGAUGCAGUGAAUGUCCAUGCAGGAAUCAAAUCCUCAACAAAAGACUUAAACCUCAUUGUUGUGCAUUUUGAGAUUUCCUGUUUUAUUUCAAUGUCUUAAUACACAACAGAUUUACUGUACUACUGCAAGAUUAUUAACAUCUCAGAUUAGCUAUGAUUCCAUCAACAUCCAGUCAUUAAAAACUAGAAACUAGUUGUUUUUACAGUUCUUACUGUAACUGUUUUAUCUGUAUUUUAUUUUAUUUUACUUAGAAAAUGGACCUUGAGUGGGCGAUAUAAUACUACAGAGUCCUUAAAAAGUUUGUCUUUUUAUUUAAAUAGAAACUACAAUUAACUUAUCUGUCCUCUGUCAUGCCAAUUUUGCCAAUUUUUAUUUGUUAUUGUGUUUGCUUAAAUAUUAAAACAUAACAAAUACUCUUGACUUUAUCAGCAUAAUGUAAACUCAGAUAGCUUGUUUUCUUCCUUUAACCCAAUCAAAGAUCUGUGAACAUUUCAAAAGCAGUAUUAUUUUGUACUAAGCAGUGAUGUAUUGCAGUAUGAAGUGUUUACAGGUUGCAGAUUUAUGUCCUAUCUAAACAGAUUUGUUUUGUUGCUGUUUUUAAAAUGUAUUUAUUGAAUCAUUAAAAUGAUCUUUACAGAA